GGAACCGGCGCGGUAAGCGGGUGCCCUCAGGGCCUCCCUUCCCGGGAGGGUGCGGGGAGACCGGGGUGGAAUAGGUGCAGAGCCCAGCGAUGCCUGAGUCUCCCUGGUCUGCUUGGAAGUGCGGGACCCAGGAGCAUCCAGAGUUCCCCAGGUCUGAAGUCUGCCUGAAAGAUGUCAGCCCUCAAAGCUGUCUUCCAGUACAUUGACGAAAACCAGGACCGCUUUGUCAAGAAACUUGCAGAAUGGGUGGCCAUCCAGAGCGUGUCCGCGUGGCCGGAGAAGAGAGGAGAGAUCAGAAGGAUGACGGAAGCGGCAGCUGCAGAUGUCCAGAGGCUGGGGGGAUCUGUGGAGCUGGUGGAUAUCGGGAAGCAGAAGCUCCCAGACGGCUCGGAGAUACCACUUCCUCCCAUUCUGCUCGGCAAACUGGGCAGUGAUCCCCAGAAGAAAACGGUGUGCAUUUACGGGCACCUGGAUGUGCAGCCUGCAGCCCUGGAGGACGGAUGGGACAGCGAGCCCUUCACCUUGGUGGAGCGGGAAGGCAAAUUGUACGGGAGAGGCUCCACAGAUGAUAAGGGGCCGGUGGCCGGAUGGAUGAACGCCCUGGAAGCCUAUCAGAAGACUGGCCAGGAAAUCCCUGUCAACCUGCGGUUCUGCCUGGAAGGCAUGGAGGAAUCUGGUUCCGAAGGCCUGGACGAGUUAAUUUUUGCCCAGAAAGACAAGUUCUUCAAAGAUGUGGACUAUGUGUGCAUCUCGGACAAUUACUGGCUGGGGAAGAAUAAGCCGUGUAUCACGUACGGCCUCAGGGGCAUUUGUUACUUCUUCAUCGAGGUGGAAUGCAGUGACAAAGACCUCCAUUCCGGGGUAUACGGUGGCUCAGUGCACGAAGCCAUGACGGAUCUCAUUUCACUGAUGGGCUGCCUGAUAGACAAGAAGGGGAAAAUCCUCAUCCCGGGCAUCAACGACGCCGUGGCUCCUGUGACGGAUGAGGAGCAUGAGCUCUAUGACCACAUUGACUUCGAUAUGGAAGAGUUCGCCAAGGACGUGGGAGCCGGGACCCUUCUGCACAGCUGCAAGAAAGACAUCCUGAUGCACAGGUGGCGAUACCCAUCCCUCUCCCUCCAUGGAAUCGAAGGGGCCUUCUCCGGUUCAGGGGCCAAGACUGUGAUCCCCAGGAAAGUGGUCGGCAAGUUCUCCAUCAGGCUCGUGCCCGACAUGAUACCGGAAGUUGUUAGCGAGCAAGUUUCAAGCUACUUGUCAAAAAAGUUUGCCGAACUGCAGAGCCCCAACAAGUUCAAGGUGUACAUGGGCCAUGGCGGGAAGCCCUGGGUGUCUGACUUCAACCAUCCUCACUACCAGGCGGGGAGAAGAGCCCUGAAAACAGUGUUUGGUGUUGAACCUGACUUGACCAGAGAAGGUGGCAGUAUUCCUGUGACCUUGACCUUUCAGGAGGCCACAGGCAAAAAUGUCAUGCUGUUGCCGGUGGGGUCAGCAGAUGACGGUGCCCACUCGCAGAAUGAAAAGCUCAACAGGCUCAACUACAUAGAAGGAACCAAGAUGCUGGCUGCAUAUCUGUAUGAGGUGUCUCAGCUGAAGAACUGAGAAGUCUCGUUUCCCUCGGAGUACCGUUCCUGCCCAGAAACAAUCUGCCCUCUCUUUCUUCCAGCUUUCUUGGGAAAGUGGAAGUUUCUUUUCCCCAUCUCUUUCUCAGGUCACAGGCAGACAGGCAAGAAUGGAGACAAUGCCUCCAGCUGUCACUAGGUAGGGUAGGGUCAGCUGUGUCAGGCAGUUACGAGUGUUCAGUACUGAGGCCUACUGAAGACAAUUGACUGGCCAUGAUUGGGGGUGGCAGGGCGUGGCCUGUGUGACUUCACCUCCAGGAAGUAGCCAGAGUCCAAAAGCUCCAGGUCUGUGGGAGGCGUUGACCAUCGUGGACUGAGGCUCAGGGAAUGUUCAGGAAGGAAAUGAGCACCCAGUAGCUCCUUGUGCUGUGACAGCACCAUGGUGACCGUCACUGUGCUCUGUAUCCCAUCUUAAGACCCUUGCUGACCAUCACUGGUGUUCCCUCCUGUUGUUGCCCCUCAGAGUUUGUCCCAACAGUCCCCAUAGAAGCACCAGUCCAGCUGCAGCUACUACUAAUAAAUGUGACAAUGAACCUCUGGAGGAA